AUGAAUACUGAUCUUGUAGAACAUGUAUUGUACGAGUCAUGUUGUAAUAUUGGGAGUCGUGGCAUUGAUCUUAUGGCGGCUAAAAUCAGACCUUCCAUUCCUGGUCUUUUAUUUCAAAGCUUUUUCAGCAAUUGUCUGUCUUUCAUAUUGGAUUACUUCCUCUUUGUUCAGUCUUGCUGUCGUAGUGAUGAUGACAUCGCAGACCAAGGAUUACGACUGGCUGCCAGCACGGUGACCUCAUUUCUCGUACUAGCUCUGCUGCUUUUUAUGGUCCAUCGCCUCUGUCAACGUAGACAUCUCAUACAAAUGAGAACAGCAUCAACAUCAACAUCAAAAGCAGAUAAAUUUGCACCUUGGUACAUCAAGCGCUCUGAAAGUAUCGAAAUUCGACGAGAAAGCCACAGUCCACGUAAUUCAUAUUGUUUUCGAAACAAUUACAUUCCUUCUGAUACCAGUGAUUCAUCAGAAUCUGAGCAAGAAUCCGCCGAUGUUUCUAGUUCUUGGCUCAAGUCUAGUAACAGCGCUGUGGGAUUUUCUCUGGGAACCAAUAACCAACAACCGCAACAAUCAACAGCCGCUGGGUCUGCUGUUUCCUCUUUCAAACCGAGUGUUUCAAAAUCUAGUGACUGCUAUACUGGUUGGGAAAAACAGCCAGCACACGAGAAUUCAACUGGUGAUUCUGUUAACGAGUCUAAAAGCACAGCAAAUGCAGAAGUAACCAAAUCAGCUGUUCCUGGAAAGCCGGUUCGGAUAAGUUAUAUUGACUCUCCAAAUCAGCAAUCUGUCAGUCACGGAACCAACAGUAACAAAACCGAUGUUGUCAGCGAACAAGGUGAAAAAUCUGAUAUUUCCAAAUUGAAUUCAGCUAAUCAGUUAGCUAACUCUUCUUUUGUUCAAAGCCAUGAUUUUGGUGUGACAUCAUCAGCUCUUCAGAUUCGAAAUAGCCUGCCUCCCCUGGAAUUGAAACCCUUGCAACCAGACCUCCAGAAAUCCGAGAUGGCUACUCAGACGAGUAAAAUUACUCCUCCAAGUGUCCUGUCCUUGACUUCUGGAGCCAGUGGAAGCGGCUUACUUUCUGUUGAACAUGCUGAGGAUAGCUUAUCAGAACGCGGCUUCCGUGACUUACAUCAUCCUGCAACUAUACUGAGUGGCCGACUGCAGAGCCCUGGCACCCCUGUAUCCUCGGGGUCAUCUCCGUCGAGGAAUAGCAUGGGUACAUUGCAAGACCGCUCCAAUUCACUAACUUCUGAUAUAUCUUUGUUCUCAAUUUGUUCGGAGACUGGUGAGAAGAAGAGACCGAAAAACAACUCCUCUUCGUGCACCUCUACUCCUUCCACUAUCACCAGCAGCAACACAAUUGAAGCUACACACAAUGCUGGCAACAGCCACCUUAUCAAGAAUGAAAACCCUUACGCUGACCCCUUUCAUACAAAAACCAUUAAAGAUGGUGGUGAUAGUGGUAACAUAACGAACAUGGUGAAUCCGGUCACAGCUGGUGCUACUCAUUUGCCAAUCCAACGACACGAGCCCUUGACCACCGCGAGCUUAGUGUCCAAUAUUCUUAAGCGUUAUUCAGACAUUCCUCGACAAUCAGUAGAACAUGACGAAAACAGCUACUCGAAGCCUUCAUCCUCAGCUCCUCCGACUUCUCUUCCUCCUCCUUCAACAUCCACGUCUUCAUCACUGAUUGCCCAGCAUCAACACUUCAAACCACAAAGCAACCACAUUCAUACCACUUCUGCAUCCAGUUCUAGUGCUCACCAUCAAGUUAACAGCCACAUUCCCCAUCACUCUCACCAUUCCAGUUGGAGCUGUGAUCCAUCAAGUAUUACAAUGGCUGGCAACAGCGCUACAGGCAGGCUGAUCAAAAGAAGUGAUUGCACAUUAACUCAAUCAUAUCCUCGCAAAUCUGAGAUUCGUUCCUUGGAUAAUCGCAAGUCAAUCGACGACAUCAUACGAACUAUUGACAUCACACCUGUUCUGCAGAGCAUUGCGAAGCCUUUAGAUAUCCUACGAGAUAGCACUCAUUUAGGGUCUGCAUCAGGUUCAAAAGAAUUAGCCCCUUCCUUCACUUCAGGAGCUACAUCGAGGACUAACAGCUCUUCUACUACCAGCAAAGCUAUGACUGCAACUCACGUCACAAGUUCCAGUAUCACAAACUUCAGUAAGUUUGGUCCACUUAAUGCCAGCCCCAAGGACUGUCUCUCAAGCAGCUUUCCAUUUACUGAUAAAACCUCACCCCCACCUCCACUGCCAGUGUACCCUAAACCCAAAGCAAGUCCUGCAGACCGUAAGAAACGACAUUCCCUUGGCAGUAUGUCUAAAGCUAGCAAAAGAUCGGGCCACAAGUCAGCAAACCAUCAAGAAAACACCAACUGCAAGAGUGCCUCAACCACUUCAAGUAGUCUUUUGAACAGUAUACAAAACUCUUUCAACAUGUCGACUACUCAAGCUGUGAAAUCUUCUGACUCCUCACAGACCCACGAUAGCAAUUUCCAUAGUAACGCUAAUAAAAUAUGUGAGCCUUGUUACAAGCAGUACGGUUACGUCGAGAGGUUGACCGCAUCGCACAGUUGCGGCCAUAAAAAAGAACACGGCAAAAGUGUUACGGAUCACUUCAAAGACAGAAAUGCUGAGAAAGAGGGUGAAUCAAAUAAACUGUCUCCUUCUAUGAUGAAAUACCUAACUGCUAGUCCCAAAUCCUCCAACACAGGCCAAUUAUCAUACCCAACAGACAAUGCUCACGGCACCAUGAAGCCAAACGGUGCUGGGGCUGGUCAGAAUAGUAGUUCUUCCGGCUACAAAGUUAAAAAAAUGUCACAUCCUAGAAUUUCUCCAGAUCACAAAACCAAAUCUAGCUCUUCAGCUACUCAUAAGUCUACAAGUGGGAGCAGCUGUACUACAACUGCAAGUGUGGAGGUCCAUCAACCGCCCAGCGGAGUGAUACCAAAGAAGAGACACGCUCGCAGUAAAGAUAAAAAUCGGAAAUCAUACCCUGGUGCUAGCCCAGAUACAACGCCAAGAGAGACCAAAAUCGUUUCCAGUCCUUGGAUGGCUCCAUCAUCAUCAUCUGCAAGUUCAGCAAGUCGCAAACCAGAGAAAUCUCACCGCUCUAAUAAGCAUGGCAACUCCAGUAGUGUUGCUCUGGAUUUGUCACGAAACUACACUAAUGAGGGGAACUCCUCCACAAAUCAAACAAGCCGUCAUGGCAACUCUGUACAGAACCACAUGAGCCAGCUGUCCAGUUAUGUAUAG